UCACAUUCGUGGUCAUAGAAUCAAAUCUAGCAAUACUCCAGCGUGUAUCGAUCGUUAGUAUCGCCGUUCGUUACAUAAUACUCGGCACAGGUCUCUCAUUACUCAUAUACCCUUCUAUUGCGCCGUUUCAAUCUUCCUGA